CAAAACAACAAAAUGAUUAGGAAUAAUAAUUCUCUUCUCCUUCAAUUAUUUUCCUUCCUUUUAUUAUUAUUAUUCCCACAGAUGAUACAAUCACAGGAGAAAUCUUUUUCUCGCCAACCUUCUGGUCAAUUUAUUUUCACUCCUCAUGAACGCUCAGAUUCUGAACCUCAACAGGUUCACAUAUCAUUGGUGGGGAAAGAUCACAUGAGAGUGUCAUGGGUAACAGAAGACAAGCAUGCAAGAUCAGUGGUGGAGUAUGGAACAAAACAAGGAGGAGAAUAUGAAGCAAAAUCAAAGGGGGAACACACUUCAUACAAUUAUUUCAUGUACCAAUCAGGGAAGAUCCACCAUGUGGUUAUUGGGCCUUUGAAGCCCAAUACCAAUUACUUCUAUAGGUGUGGUGGUUUGGGCCCUGAGUUUUCCUUCAAGACUCCUCCACUCAAUUUUCCCAUUGAAUUUGUGGUUGUCGGUGACUUGGGACAAACAGAAUGGACAGCAUCAACCUUAAAACAUGUUAACAGCAAAGACUAUGAUGUGUUUUUAUUACCGGGUGACCUAUCCUAUGCUGACACACAGCAACCACUAUGGGACUCCUUCGGUCGCCUGGUGGAACCAUACGCCAGCCAGAGACCAUGGAUGGUCACUCAAGGCAACCACGAAGUUGAGAUCUUACCGAUUACCGAGCCAACCGGUUUCAAGGCCUACAACUCCCGAUGGCCCAAUCCCCACAAAGAAAGUGGGUCCAACUCAAACCUCUACUAUUCCUUUGAGGUAUCUGGGACCCAUAUUAUUAUGUUGGGGUCAUACACUGAUUUUGAUGACCAAUCAGAGCAGUACACGUGGCUUGUAGAUGACUUGGGGAAGGUUGAUAGGAAGAGGACUCCAUGGGUGGUUGUGUUGUUGCAUGCACCUUGGUAUAACACCAAUGAAGCACAUCAAGCUGAAGGUGAAAGCAUGAGAAAAUCCAUGGAGGUCUUGCUUUUUGAGGCUCGUGUUGACUUGGUCUUUGCUGGCCAUGUUCAUGCAUAUGAACGCUUUACUAGGGUUUAUGACAAUAAUGCGGAUCCAUGUGGUCCAAUGUACGUGACAAUUGGAGAUGGAGGAAAUCGUGAAGGACUUGCAUUAUCGUAUAAGAAGCCGGUAAGUCCACUCUCAUUGUAUAGGGAAGCAAGCUUUGGUCAUGGAAGGUUGAGAAUAGUGAACGAAACACAUGCACACUGGUCAUGGCACCGUAACAAUGAUUCUGAUGCUUUUGUAGCUGAUGAUGUUUGGAUUCAGAGCUUAAUUAGCUUCAAAGAAUGUUGGAACACACAACAACAUCACCUUGUUGCUCAUCAAGAGCUAUGAAAAGAUAUAUACACAUAAGAGUAAUUAAUUUUAAUUCUCUUAAUUGUAUUAUACACAGCUAGCUAGGACUUAAUUUAUUAUGUGUAUUUUGUAUAUACACAUCCAUUUUCCUUCAAUAAUCACACUUAGCUUGUAUAA